GGAGUCGAGAUCGGGACUUUUCGAUUACUUUUGGCAGGAUAACGAGUCCCCCUUUUGCGAAGUAUUUAGAGAAAAAAACAAAGGAAGACCAAGAGAUAGUGUUCGGAUCCCCGUCCAUAGAAGUGAAGGCAUGCUCUGAGGCCCAGCGAUGACCGUGAACGAAGUCUCGGAGCAAGCGGAGGUGGCCGUCGAGGGCGAGAACCCGGUGUUCCGCUCCUCCAGCCCGCCCACCUCGGGCAAGCACGACAGCGGCCCGCCCUCCGUCAGCAGCCUCAUCGAGGACGAGGGCGGGCGCUCGCAGGCGUCCGCCUCCGUGCCGCCCUCGAUCACAUCGGUCGAGGACGAGGUCAACCUCCUCGAGUCGGUCGGCCACGUCCCGCCCUCGAUCACGUCCGUCGAGGAUGAGGUCAACCUCCUGGAGGUCCCGGGAAGCUCCUCGGCGAGGACGUCCCUCUCCGGCGGCAGCAGCGCGGCCUCCACCCUGGCGCCGCUGCCCCGCUUCGACAGGUUCCAGAGCCUGACGACCCCGCGCGGCGAGGGGCGCGGCGAGGGGCGCGACAGGGCGGCCGAGCUGCAGAGCCUGCCGCCGACGCUGGCCGCCAGCCUGCGCCGCUCGCAGCACUUCCCCCGCUACAAGCGCCAGUACAAGGUGGAGAGCAUCUACGUCAACGACCUGUACACGCUCACCUACGACGAGGACGAGACGCUCGAGUCCAUCAAGUCCAUCGAAGUGCAUUACCGGCGCAAUGACCGAGAGGAGAUUCGACGGAAACUGGCCAUGGGGGUGGACGAUGACCAGUUCAUGGAGAGGCCAUAUCGGAAGCCAUCACUACAUUCCCGUUUACAGAGUGGUAUGAACCUACAAAUAUGUUUCAUGAAUGAGACAGCCAGUGACUGUGAAAGCCAAUGCUCAGACACAGAAAGUACUCAAGAUAGAGAAAUAGAAACAGAUCGAGUAUCGACCUCCUCUUCAAACAGCAAGGCUUCAACUCCACAACCAACAAGGACUCGGACGUCAAACUCUGAAUCUGAUAUUAGGGAGAAAGAGGUUGAUUUCUUUGCACGGCAAGCACAGCUGCAAGCAGAGGCUCGCUUGGCGCUUGCACAGGCUAAGGAAAUGGCCAGAAUGCAAAUGGAGAUUGAGAAGCAGCAGAAAAAGAAGAGUCCCAUUGCAGAGAUUGUGAGGGAGAGCUUCCACAAGAUUGGUGUGCCAUUCCCAGACAGCAAGAGGCGAAUCAGCAGGCAGAUUCUCACAGAUAUGAAUGUUGCACAGUUGCAAGUUAUUGCAAAUGACCUACACACACAAAUUGAAAGCCUGAACGAAGAUUUAGUCACUUUACUGAUGGAGCGAGACGACCUGCACAUGGAGCAAGACUCUAUGUUGGUUGAUAUUGAAGAUCUAACAAAACACAUUGGCGCUAAGGAGCUGAGCCUCCAGCGAUCAACAGACAGCAAGGAUGAAACAAAGACGUCCUGGACCACGAGCCCAGCCCCAAGAAACAAAUCCAAUUCCAUGAGACUAAAGAUUAAGAAGUAGUUCGAUGGUCCGCCGGCAUAGCAGGUGGAAACAUAGGCUGGUUAUUCAAUUCCUAUUUGUCACUGUACUGAUCAACUAACCAUUAUUAGCUUGGUGGGUUGUCAACGGAGAGAAAGGGAAAUAGCACUCCUGACUAGUGAGGUUGAAAUAACCAUCGUCUACUGUGCUAGUUCUAGAGUUUGGACCGUCAGAGAUUUUAUCAUUGAACAGGGGGAUGAUUUCAACAGUCAUUUUCACAAAAGUGAGUGAAUGAUCCCAGUAAUAUUAAUAUGAUAGUUAUUUUAUAAAAAGUUUACUCGCUAUUAUAUCAUCCAACUGAUUAUCAUAGAGCAGCUGUAUCUUUUGUAUUUAAAGUUUUCUAUUUGUUGAAAUAGGUUUUCCUUCUGGCAAGUGGUUACUAGUUUGCAGGGAUAUAUGUAUGUAUAAUAUAUAUGUGUAUAUGAACGAU